AAAAAAAAAAAGAAUACAUAAGUGGAGAGAAGAUCCGUCGAAAUUACGCCGAGACCUGUUUUGUGGUUCGUUUCGGUUAUGGUAGGUUGCUGGGGAAUGUCUGUUUUUCAACGAAAGCAGAGAAAUCCAACUAACCGAGUGAAGCCGUUGAUCGCGUGAGCGGUACGUGCCAUCAGCACUGACACGAGAACAAGGAAGAUAAAAAGUCGUAGCUCAGCUUCGGUUUUGUUAUUUCUAUACAUUUUUUGAUACUCUACGUCACUAAUCAAGCGACGUUUUUUUUUUCUUUCUUUUUCGCGUUUGCUUCGGGUGCUGAUAUUACGUACUUUUGCAUGCAUUUCAGUUAUUCACACGUGCGCCGAGUUGCAACUAAUACGAGGUGUCCCUCACCAAAAAAGAACAUGGCCUCCCGAUACCGUACCACUUUUAUGGUUUCUCGCGUGCAUUCUCAAUAUAGGCAAAUUGUCACCAUUUUCGCGCGGUGUGCUUUCACGACCACGAAAACGAAACAAUUUACAAAAAUAUAUAUGUGCCACUGCGGCCAAAUGCUGUGUCGAGGGAAUAUGACAUGACAGCAUAUAGUAUUCGACGUUGCAACGUCGCGAUACGGGCGCGGUCAUUCACUUGCACGAUAUUAGUUCUUGCGCAUUUUUUCCCCGGUGAAUUAAGCGCCUCAUUUCCAGGUUUGUUACUUCCGCACCGAGACGCGAUUGCUUAUCAAGCUCUCGAAGUUAACGUGCAAUCCAUAUAUCGUAAUGACUUUUGUGCAAUAGUAUAUUCAACGAUUUGCCUAUCAAUAAUCAGCAUCGUCAAUUUGUUUUCAAUGCACUGAUACACUAUAAGAAUCAUUUCAACAGUUUUAUUUCUUUUUCUUAUGUAUCGUUUUUUUUUCACCCACAGAAACCCAAAAGGCCAUAGGCCUGCGUGACACAUGCAGCACAGUCACAGAGUAAGAUGGAGGAGGGUCUCCAUAAGGGACCGUCGUAAAUUGAUUGAACGCGGUAACUGCAAGUAGUAAGUAUAUUGAAAGUCGUGUUUCUUGUUAACCAUAUUUGUUAACCUUGAGUGGGCACGGGAGAGCAGCGACGAUGUUGUUGCUUAAUAUCCCCUUCUGCUUUCAUAUGCAGUUCUUCGCCUUAUUCUUCGGAUGGCUAUCCGCGCAUGCGCUUGCGGUUGGACCAACUGCUCCUGCAUCGACGCCGUUGCCGUUAUCAUCACCGCUCUUGAUACGUUCGGCGACAGCGAGCGAUUAUGUCCAGUGCGAGCUUUGCCCUGGUGCAACCUUCUCAUCAUGGUCAAGCACAGCAUCAGCACUGCCACCGACAGCAUCUUGCCGCCGGGAUUUAAAGGACUUGCAUCGGCUUUCCGCUUUCAGUGAACACGGGAGAGCAGCGACGAUGUUGUUGCUCAAAAUCCCCUUCUGCUUUCAUAUGCAGACCAACCGAUCGUUACCCCGUCCCCAAAGUUGUGUGUCUGCCACGUCAAGCUAAAUUAUUAAAAUGAAAUCAGUCACGUUUGUGCGAAGGCAGCAGCUAGAAAAAACAACAGCAUCCGCAGCAGCGAGAACGGCAGCAACAACAGCAACCACGACGACAACGACGACAACGACGACAGUUAGGCACGUGCUACAAGACUAAAAAGAAGAAGAAAAACAAUAUGGUGAACAAGCCGCAAGGUCUUCCCAAAGGAGGCCUCACGAAAGACGGCACCGUCUCGAAAAAGGGAGCCCUUUCGCCACAACUGCUGAGGCCCCAACCAACUCGCCGUGGCGAAGCUCUCGCACCACCAGUUGAACCCCGAGACGGGGUCGGCGCCGCCGACCACCCACCACCGAAGCCAAGCAGUCGCCGCAUCUCGAACAGACCCGGCCGCGAAUCGCCGCAACAGGCUGCUUCGCCUGCGAGCAAGCCGUACUCACAGGCGCCCGCGCACUGUUCGCUGAAGACGACGGGAGGAAUGGGCUCGCCGAAGACCGGAGGACCUCAGGCGGCGAAACUCGGCGCUUCGCCCGAAGACACCGGCUUCGCUCGGACGCUGUCCGCGUCACCCAGGCCUCGCGCCUCGUCCAAACCGGGUGCAUCACCGACGCUCGUCGGCUCUCCAGCGGCCAUCGUUUCACCGCAGCUGAGUGGCUCUCUGUCACCAGCGAGGUCACCAUUGAUGUCAUCAACGAAGCUUGGCAAUCCCGCGAAGGCUGGGCCAUCGCCAAAAUCCAGCGCCGCUCCGGCACCUAUCGUCUCGCCACUUCCAGCGGAAGCCAGUCCCCCAUCGACUCCAGUGAGCUCGCGAUCAGUGGAGGGGAUCGACAUCCGUGGCGCCGCUCCGAGCUACAGCGCUCCCAAGUUGCAACGUCGCGAAGUCGCCGGUGGGAAAGGAGGACCUAGCGCACCGUCUGCACCCAGUUCACCUAGGGAUCCGGCGAGGCCAAUUCCGCGGGGCGACGCCAAAGCGACGUCGCCAGCCGAAGAGUUCAAAGCCAGCCGCCGGGAGACCCGUUCUCCAUCUGUGCAGCCUAGGUGGCCCACACCAACGGGAAGCGAAAUAUAUUCCCCACUCGUCAGUUACCAAGAACCCCGUCGCAGCAAGGCGAUUGGCGAUCCUGCUCGUGCGCCUGGGUUGCGGAACCGUCGCCGGCCACUGACCUUGAUUCUGUUCGUGGGCUCGUGCACCAUCGUGGUCGCCAUCCUCGUGCUGAUCAUCACCGUGCAGAUAAUGAAGCACCAGAAGGUCCGUGAGACGGUGUUCAGCGCCACGAGCAAUACGGUGUCCGAGAGCGUCGCACGACGCGUCGCUAAGCAGGAUACGACACGACACGGGCCUUCAAGCAAGAUGCGACGCGAUGAUUCACCCCUUCCCCAGCGUUUCAUGUUCGACGAGUGAGAAUCGCCUGGGAGCAACACUUUUUCUUUUUUUCUUUUUUCGCCACUCUUUGAUGGCCGCGUCUUUUGAUCGACGGCCUCGGAUCGCUUUGUUGAAACCGAUAUGCCCUUCGGUCCUGACGCGACCGAAGAAACGAAAGAUUUUUAUCCCUUGGACGUUCGAUUCAUUCAUUAUUGAUUAGUGAAUAAGUGAAAAGAAAAAGUUCGGCAGCACGUUACACUCUUGUAACACGUCAAGGUGAAAGCCAGCUGCGCACUGAAUGGGUAAUGCAUUAAGUUAUACGAUCGGAGAAGUCGAACUUCUUGCAAGAUAUAACGAGCCGCAGUGUGAAGGACACGCGGGGCGCUUUUAGGUCUACCUCCUCAACGAGACGUGCGAGCGCUUUUUGCCCUACCUAAAGGUGCAGCGUGCU